AUGAAAAAGCUCUCAUCAUCAGUUUCAGCCUUCACCACCUUCACGAUUCUCCCUCCGGUGCCAACCCGAGCGCCGACCCAGCACGAGCACCAGCUCCUCAAAACCACCACCACGGCCACAGCCGAUCCUGCCCAGAGACGGGUGAUUUUAACGUCUCUUCUCGCCUUGUCGACCUUUUAUAUUCGGGCCAACUCGAUCAAACGAUACAGCAUGUCCAAACCGGAUAAAUUGGCAUUGCGUCGACGGCUCUACAAGCUUGGACACUUUUACUAUAACCAGGCGAUCCAGCAAUUGCGGGAAGUACUUGCACAUACCCGUUUUAACGUGGAAUUAGCUAUUGUGGUGUCGGAUUUCCUUAACCGUGUAAGCAUCCUUGAGUUCAAGAAUUUGCAUAAUUCGGUGGUGUUCUCGCAGGGGUUGACAAGCAUAUUCCAGCACCUGGUGGUGGCAGAGGCGCGGCAUCGCCCUUCGAAGCUGAUACUGCCGGAACUUAACCGGAUCUUUGCAUUGAUUAUAUUUGCUACCGCUUCCAGGCAAUAUCCCAGUUAUCCGCACACAUUGCUUUAUGAAUUCCAGGAACAGAUAUGGGAAUUCGAAGUUCAUUACGCUCACCUCUUCACUUCUAUUUCACGCUUCUAUGUUAACCACCUCAAACACUAUACCCAGAUGUUGAUUGGGUUAUUUGAAUCGACCCCGGCAGCCCAAAUUCAGGCCGACUAUCAUUUGGUUUUCAAAGUUCUCCGGCAAUGGUUAAUCAACCUCCCGAGCCGGGUACAGCUCAUCGACUUCAUAGAGGACCCGGUGGAAUAUGUGGGACUCCGGUUAUACCAAACAUUAGCCAUGAUCCUUAACAAUAUUUUCCCCACUGUUAGUGGAUGGUUUCUUACUGACUUCCGUGGUAGCCUUGUCAUGUUUAACACACCAGACUAUCACUAUAAAACCCCAACCCGGUUAUCCCAAUUCCCCGUCUUACAAGACCUUAAUACCUACUGUGUGAGGGUGACGACCUUCUUUCGCAAACGCCUCAACGUCCUUCUGAUGUCCUUUAAUUACCACAGGUUCGGUGAUAGGCUUCAUCUUCGAGCAAACUUGUCGUCGCCGGUGCAACUCACACAGCUGCAGAUUUUGCAGCUGUUGAAUGAAGUACCAAUUGAUACCUUUAAAUCUACCGUCAUCAAGAACUACCAUUACCUUCAUAUCCCCGAACUGGUGCAAUUCACUAGUCUUCCGAGGUUCCCCAACUGUGCUGACAUCCAGGAAGAUGUGCAGUUCUUCAACUAUAACAAGCACCACAUGGAAAAAAUCCGAACUGCCUACGAGGAGCGGUUCCGGCACGCUGCCACUGAUCACUACGAGGGCUCAGAAGUUGAUCCGGUAUUCAAUUGGUUGUACAGUAACAUUGCCGAUGGUAGCAACUUGGUAGAUGAGCCUAAAAAGUUGGAGUUCAGGUACCAGAUGUUCUCCAACAUGUUCGAUAGCGAUAAGUUGGUUAGCGAUAUGGAAAUGGAUUACUUCCAGUUGUUGAACGGAAAUGUGGAACAGUACCAUGACCUGGCAAUUGCGCCACACCGAGGGCUCUAUGAUUACGACAGGGAUAUCAAAGAUUAUCUCCAUACUCCCAACUACGACUUCCAAAUGCAUCUUGAACAACCACUUGACCCAUUUACGGCAAAGCAGUUUUUCGACGCCUUCAACGAUUUUAACGACCAAUUAACCAACAACAAUUACGAAGCGGAGGAUGAGAGUGAUAUUGUAGAAAAGUUCUACGACGAUAUGAAUGACAUGUACUAUAAGUGAAUAGACCUAUCUAUUUAACUCCGAUUAGUAAUAAAUAUUAAUGGGAAAAAAGAAUCUAGGAGCCGACGUGCGUGUGCAUAUACGGUAGGAUCCAGAAAUUGUUAUGCCCCAUGUCUUUACCGCAAUAGGCAAGUUUGCCUUGAAAUAUGCACCCUGCCACAAUAUAAUACCGGUCGUUGCUUGUUAACUAUAGCCUUUACGUAGUUGUCGCGGCGUUACCUAGUCAGUUUUUUUUUUAAAAAAUACCUCUAGCCGGCCCUUAAUCAGGUGUCAUCUUGGGGAUCGCCGAUCUACCGAAGACCCAUCGCCGCGCAGAUCAGUCUCACAUUGCCAAGGGAUGGUCUCGGCCCUUCCCAUGGUGACUAUACCGUACCGGCUUCUUGGUUGUGCCGACUGCAGGUUUAACCGUUUACGGGGUUAACGCCUACCGCUAUUUCUGUAUCUGCGCGUUACAAUGGAUGUGGGAAAUUUCUUAAAUUAUAAUCAAAACUAUAUUCAGGGAUUGUAAACUACUAUUCGAUACCUGUGAAACCACCCAGUGGAAAUCAUCUAUUUCUGUGGAUCUUCAAUUGUGUUUGUGGAAAUCCCCAAGUUGUGUUUGUGUGAUCAUCCCUAAUUCAGCCCUAUUUCCAUCCAUGUCGCCAGACGUCAUUAAGAGAAGAAAACAUAAAAACAGCAAGUUCGGCUGUCCCAACUGUAAGCGCA